AUGUCCUCGUACACCCGCCUUCCGCGCGCACCACGUCUCCAAAGCAUCCCUCUCCCUCCUGUUGAUGACGACUACAGGGAUCAGGAGCUCCUCACAUAUGCUCUUCAAGACCGCUACUCUCCUGCGUCCUCAGAAUCUUUAAUUCUGAGCCCGUAUACACCACCGAAGACAAGCCCCAUAUCCCUGUCAUUUGACAAUGUCUAUAGCCAGUUCCAGGCUCUCAAUAUUGCCGCUGGAUCAUCCGAAGGAUCUGAGUACUACACGUCCUAUGGGCACCACCGCAAAUCGAGUACAGCAGGAUCCAAGAAGCAAGGUCGUCGACUUGGAUAG